AUGGGUGGCGGAAGUUCAAAGGAAAAGAGUUGGAGGCAGACUUCAUCAAUUCGUUCAAGCUCAUCUUCGCGGGAUUAUUCACAAGCACCAUAUGCAUCGCAGCAGUUUUACCCGUCAUCUCAAGACUAUGCAUCGCAGCAACCUUAUCCAUCGCAGCAGUAUUAUCCGUCAUCUCAAGACUAUGCGCCCCAGCAAUAUCCCCCACCUCAAGACUAUGGUGCCAAUAAAAGGAGGCUCGAGAGGAAGUAUUCAAAGAUUGCAGAUAGUUACAACUCCUUAGAAGAGGUAACUGAGGCUCUUGCAUGCGCUGGCCUAGAGUCUUCAAAUCUAAUUGUUGGAAUUGAUUUCACAAAGAGCAAUGAGUGGACAGGUGCAAAGUCUUUCAAUAAGCGAAGCUUGCAUCACAUUGGAGAUUUUUUAAAUCCCUAUCAGGAAGCAAUAUCGAUCAUUGGGAAAACCUUGGCUGCUUUUGAUGAGGAUAACUUGAUCCCCUGUUAUGGGUUUGGAGAUGCAUCAACACAUGAUCAAGAUGUCUUCAGUUUCUAUCCAGAUGAUAGAUUUUGUCACGGAUUUGAGGAAGUCUUGAGUCGUUACCAGGAAAUAGUGCCUAAUCUACGACUUGCAGGGCCAACAUCCUUUGCUCCUGUCAUUGAAAUGGCCAUGACUAUCGUUGAACAGAGUGGUGGUCAGUACCAUGUACUAUUGAUUAUUGCAGAUGGACAGGUGACCAGGAGUGUAGAUACCGAGCGUGGCCAGCUGAGUCCACAAGAGAAAAAGACUGUUGAUGCCAUUGUACGAGCAAGCAAGCUUCCUCUCUCAAUUAUAUUAGUUGGGGUUGGAGAUGGGCCCUGGGACAUGAUGAAGGAAUUUGAUGAUAAUAUCCCUGCCCGAGACUUUGAUAAUUUCCAAUUUGUGAAUUUUACGGAGAUUAUGUCUAAGAAUAUGAGCCAAUUGCGGAAGGAGACUGAGUUUGCCCUUGCUGCUUUGAUGGAAAUUCCUUCACAAUACAAGGCAACAAUAGAGCACAAUAUCCUGGGUAGGCGGAAAGGAGAUGUUCCUGAGAGGGUUUCCCUCCCUCCACCUGUAUAUGGCGCAGCAUCUUUCAGCAGCUUGAAACCUUCUCAUUCUACUAGUUUUGUUAAGUCUAGUGUGCCACCGUAUAAAGGAGACAGGCAGCCUGCGAGCUCAGCUCCACCUGCUAUGGCUUCAACUUAUGAUAGCCAGGUUUGCCCUAUUUGCCUUACGAACUCCAAGGAUAUGGCCUUUGGUUGUGGGCAUCAGACGUGUUGUGAAUGUGCAGAAGACCUCGAGACAUGUCCGAUCUGUCGAAGUGAAAUACAGAUUAGAAUAAAACUUUACUAAAAGCCCUAUCACCAUCUCAUUUAUGAUUUUUUUUCCCCUGUGGUGCCCAAACAUGUUGGAGAUGCUGAAUUCAGCUGAUUUUUUUUUUCUUUCUUGGAGUGUUUUAGAAGAAAUGUUAAGAAAAUGCUAAUAGAAAUGGUUCGUGGUUGUUGGGCUUGAAGUUAUGUAUAUAUUGGCUUUAGAAUCAGAUGUUUCUUGUUGUUGCACAAAUUAGAGGGACCAUAGUCAACAUAGUGAGGUUCAAGAUUCCAAGCCUGAGGUGGAUUAGGAUCAAGAUUCCAAGCCUGAGGUGGUUCUAUCUUGAGCAAGAUAGAUCAAGAUUCCUAUUCCCUUUUCUGAAUAAUUAAUUUAUAGAUUGCUUUCUCUUAUGGGUUUAUCUUCAAUGUCAGUACGUUGAUUAUAUGGUCUAACAUUAAGUGGUUGAUUGGGUGGUAAGUUGUAAGGAUUAAUUUUUUGUCAAAGGUAAAGAGGUUUUAGGUUAA